UGUGGUGUGCUGGUUCGCUUCACCUCGGGGGCCGCCGCGCAGCAGGAUCCGGAAGAAUCGUUCUCGCCAAAGUGUGACUCCGCCAGCAGAGUAGAGUACCUCCCGUUACCUCGCUAGAGUCAGCCGAGUAGCGUGCAGCCUUGCUACGUCCUGCUUUGUCCGCACCACCAGUCAAGUAGCCACAGUGUUCGGUGCUAAGCGACCAAUUUGACAGCUUGUUGCGAAGGCGCACCGAGGGCCAAGAAAAUCAGCAGCAACAGCGCCCAGGCAGUGUGUCGGACUUUGGCUUUGGAGGUGUCAAAUCCGUGUGACCUGUAACAGCAGUACAGGAUAUUCUGCAUUGAUAACCCAGCAAUGAGCCCGCCGCCACGUUGAGUGUUCGUGCUAAACCCCCUGGUGCCAACCUGGUGUGUAACUGCGAUCCAAGCACACGUCGUCGCGCUAGUGACAAGUGAAGCAAAAAUCAGCCUCGGUGAGAGCAAUUUUGGAAAAUCGGUUCGGCAUUCCGUGUGUGCGAAAGGAUACUCUGGUAGCUAUCCGUCUUCGUAUUGUGACGAGCACGGUUCACGGCAACAGGGAGGUGCCCAAGCACAAGUGCAUCCCAGAGCCACGCGAGAGAUCGAUUCUGCCCCCGCCCGCUCGUGUGUGCAUGUGCAUACGUGCCGUGUUCGGUGUUGUGUGAGCGUGUGUGUUUUACGCGGUAAGCCCUGUCCCGGAUUGUUUGUUGCAGGCGCGAAUGAACGAGAAGUCGCACUGGCCGCCGACCGUGUUCUUUGUAGGCACCGCGAAAGACAAGGAUUUGCUCGACGCCAGUUUCCCAAUCGACGUCCGCAGUGUGGUGACACGGCACGGGAAAUCGUCAGCCGUAAGCGCACUUUGUAAGCAGCGCGUGAGCGUGAACGUCGUCACAGCGUGAGUCCCAAUCCACGCGCGCUCGUGUGUGCCUGUAUGUGUAGAAAGGCAAGUGUUCGUGCGUGCACACCCACCGUGAGCGGUGAGCAAAAGUGUGAGCCGAAGUGAUUAAGCGCGUUGAAACGCGUGAGUGGUGAAGAGUGAGAACUAUACGCUCGGCGGCGUACCUGGUGUGGUGUGUAGUGGUGUGUGCGCUCGUGAACGCAGCGGCGGAGUGCGUGGGUGUUCGAGCAGCUACCGAGGGCGCGUCGGAGAGCGAGAGAGAGGGAGAGAGAUAUUAGCGUGAAUAGCGUGAAACGAAGUGAAGAAAACGGAGCCAUCAAACGACAACGGCGGAGACAUGAGCGGUCGGCCCAGGACUACCUCGUUUGCCGAGGGUAACAAACAGCAAAAUUGUCCCGUGAUGGGGGCAAUGAAAAUAAUAAGUAAGGACGGCUCCAAAGUGACAACGGUGGUAGCAACACCCGGACAAGGCCCCGACAGACCGCAGGAAGUGUCAUACACAGAUACUAAGAUAAUUGGCAAUGGAAGCUUCGGCGUCGUCUUCCAGGCGAAACUCUGUGAUACGGGCGAGCUAGUCGCCAUCAAGAAGGUGUUACAGGACAAACGAUUUAAGAACCGUGAACUACAGAUUAUGCGACGGCUAGAACACUGUAACAUCGUUAAGCUAAAGUACUUCUUCUACUCCAGUGGCGAAAGGCGAGAUGAUUUUCCGUUGGACAUGGGACUGUUCGCCGGUGCCUUGCAGACACAGAAGGACGAAGUUUAUCUGAACUUAGUGCUCGAAUAUAUCCCAGAGACGGUUUACAAAGUCGCUCGUCACUAUGCUAAGAACAAGCAAACGAUACCAAUCAACUUCAUCCGACUUUACAUGUAUCAAUUAUUCAGAAGUCUGGCUUACAUUCACUCGCUGGGCAUCUGCCACCGUGACAUUAAACCACAGAACCUUCUGCUCGACCCGGAGACGGCCGUGCUGAAGCUGUGCGACUUUGGCAGCGCCAAGCAGCUGCUGGACGGCGAACCGAACGUGUCGUACAUCUGCUCCAGAUAUUAUCGGGCCCCGGAGUUGAUAUUCGGUGCGAUUAACUACACCACCAAGAUCGACGUGUGGAGUGCGGGCUGCGUUCUAGCGGAGCUGCUGCUCGGCCAACCGAUCUUCCCCGGUGACUCCGGCGUCGAUCAGCUGGUCGAAAUCAUCAAGGUCCUGGGCACGCCGACACGGGAACAAAUCAAAGAAAUGAAUCCCAACUACACGGAGUUCAAAUUCCCGCAGAUCAAGAGCCACCCGUGGCAAAAGGUAUUCCGGACGCGCACUCCACCGGAUGCGAUCGCUCUCGUGUCCCGGCUGCUCGAGUACACGCCGGGCACCAGGAUCACCCCGAUGCAAGCCUGCGCCCAUCCGUUCUUCAACGAGCUACGGGAAGGCAGCAAGAGCCUGCCGAACGGGCGCGACUUUCCACCACUGUUUAACUUCACAGAGCAAGAGCUUGCCAUUCAGCCGAGCCUGAACCUGAUUUUGAGGCCCAGAAACCCUAACGAUGUCGCGGCCAAGGCAUCGUCCAGCGGUGUCUCCAUGGAGGGUAGCAGCGGCGGCGGCGGCGGCGGCAACGGCGGUGGUGUGGCAGGCGGCAGCUCGUCGGGUGCUGGAGGCGCAAACAGUAGUACCAGCAGUGGCGGCGGUGGCGGCGUCGGUGCCGGUGCCGGCGGUGCUAGCAGCAAUAACGAUCCGAUCAACCUGCCGCAGCAGUCGUGUGGCGGUGCAUCGGGCGUAGGCCCGGAUGACAUGACGACGACCGCGGGAGGCGACAGUAACGCAUGCCCACCUUCGGCGGCUGCCGCCACCUCAUCGAUGGGUUAGCUUUAAACACUGUUGCGUGUAUCGAAAUGUGUGCGAAACAUUAAGAGAAUCAACCAACAAAACUCGGGUCUCUUCGAGCGCCCAAUACGCUGCGUCGCGCUGGGCGCCUCUGCUGGAGGCGCGUAACAACGGAACGGGGUGGACACAAAAAGGGCAUAAAAUCAAGAUGUGAACAGAAAUUUAAAUAUAGUCUUGUUUCGCUUUAGUGGAAGAGAAUGGAAGGUUCUCUCUGUGGUUGAUGGUGGAGAGCCAGGCAUUGUUGCCCCACGCGUUGCUGUAAACGAGUGCUGCAACAGGCAACUAAUAGAACACCGCACAGACAGAGAAAGAGAGAGAGAGUAAAAGAGAGAUCGAUAGAGAGAGAAGAAGGAAGACAAAUAGGAUGGGAGAUGAUAGAUGGCCGCGAGAGACGAUUGUUUGAACCUUUAUUAAUAUUAGUAAUUUUAAUUAUUAUUUAAAAAUGAACGAAGCAACGUGUGCGCUGCGCCGCUUCUUGCUUGAUGAGGUGUGUGCGCAGCGCGUUGAAGGUACAUUUCAAACGAAAUCCUUUUUUCCUCUUCAAGAUCGUGUUGGUCAUCGGUUGAUGUUUUCUUUUUUAUACAUAUAUAUAUAUAUAUAAUAUAUACACCCAAAAAUAUUAAAAACGCGCGCCUGCCAGUGUCGUCGCUCGAGAAAACUGCACGGAAAAUCGUGUUCUCUUGGAGGGCAGUGCAGUUUUGGUGGCCCCCGAGACUAAACCUGGGUGCUGAACGGGGUUGCGUGUUAUGGAGCAUUGGUGGCAUACCGAAUCACGCAAGAGAGAUCAAGAAUAUUUACUAAAGUCAAGCGAAAAUUGGAACACACGUUGUGUGGUAAAGAGGGGCAGCUUUCUUGGUGGAACCGCAGAGAUAUACCUUAUAAUCGUUAGACACCCACUCACACCCAUACCUAGACGACUUGUUUCACCUUUGCAGUACUACGAGGCGGGGCAGAUAUCAUGAACGAGUCAUCCUAACCACUCGAGGAACACACACUAAAACCUAUGAUAGUAGAUGAAUUAUUUUAAUGAACAAAAAGCGCGCGCCGUAAGGUGUGUUUCGAGAAAGUUUGAGCUGAUCGCGGACUCCGUGCCGCACUGGCCAUCUCUCUCCAUUGGAGAUCAUAUUUGACUCUCACGCGCUCGUGUGUCCGUUUGCAAUAUAUCUAGCGAAGUAGUAGUGAAUAGUGUGACGAAUUGGUGAAAAUUUGGACCAAUCAAGUCCAAUAGAUGAAAGGGAGGACAAAAUGCCCAUACAACAACAACAACAACAUCAACAUCCUUGCACAGUAAGGACAAAGAUACAAAGUAGUAGUGAUGAUCAUGAUUCAAGUCGAACCCCGCUCCCCUCUAGUGUGUAGGCUGCAUCCAGAGAGCGAAAGAGAAAGAUGAAAAUAUAGCGAAACAUAAAAAGAAAACCCAACACGUGCGCAUCCAUAAUAAACAGUUCGUUUCCGGGCGCGCCCUGUAGCAUACUCUGAUUGGGUUUUGGUUUCGCGGGCGCUGCUGCUGUGUUAUGUGCGGCGAUCCGUGAGUUCGGAGGAUAGGCUUCCACUCAUGCCAGGGGUUGUUCUGUUGAAAGCAAGCAACAACUGCAUCAACCUUCGCCUUCGAAUAGAAGCAAGCUGAGUGUGUGCGCGCGUGUGUGUUGUGGUUGGUUAAGUUAAAUAAACGAAACGUAUUUUCCCGCAAACGGAAAACGUAGCGUAGUAUUGACACUGCGACCGAAUAAUGGAAAAGUGUUGCAUAUGCAUGACGACGUUACCGUGCGGCUCAGCGUGGCUUUAGACGUUAAACCGAUUUUUGUUCGUCGUGACGACGACAAUCCGCCGAAAGAACGAAUGUGGUGCCACGAGGAAAAUCGGCGGCGGCACCCCAGGGAUACAGUAGGAGGCUAUAGUAAGAAAGACGUACCGCAAGUAACGUGUUGUCUAGGAAUUUCGAACCUACCUGUAUAAAGCUACUAUUAAUAAACUAAAUCCAGACCACGCUGUUGUGCGCAUCAUUCAUAUCUGCGCGUCGGACGAUCCACACUGGCAGAUCUCACAGUCUCACUUGGCAGUGAGGCAGCUGGCGGGACUGGGCUGGGCACCGCUGACGACAGGGCUCGCGGGCAGUGGUUACGUUGGUUCCGACCACUACGUACAUGUGGUAGGACCGUAUCUUUUCGAUUUAAUUUAACCUUCUCGUUGUUACAUCGGAACCGUUUUUGUCUAAACCAAUGGACAAAACAAACAUAACUACAGCUGCAUGAUAAUGCCACCCACACACACACGCGCGAUGGUGUAUCGGAAACCACGCCACGACCGUUGCCCGCAAGAUACGAGCCACACAUAUAGGCUAUUCUUGCCUUUUUCUUCGUGGCGGGGAAACGAACCGACAAGACAGGAACCCGUGUAUAAGUUUAAUCAAGGAAUGGUAAAUUAUUUUAAACCGAGAGAAAAACACAAAAAAAAUUCAAACAAGAGAUCAGAAGACAAACGCGGGAAAAAGGGUCAGAGAAAACGACGCUUGGUAAGAGAGAGAGAGAGAGAGAGAGAGGAACAUAGAUAGAGAGUGAAGGGUUAUAUAUCUCGUAAGACGUCUGAUUAAAAAAUCUUUGUAGUAAAUAAACGUAUAAUUUAUAAUAAAUGAAAAAUAUAUAAUGUAAAGAAAAUUAUAUACAUACUACUGCAUAAGUGAUUCAGAUUCAGAUAGUUCACUCAGAGGAUACCGUUAUUAGCGCCAAAAAUGUAUGAUGCAAAAGGAUGUGGGAACACUUCGGUGGAAAAUGCCUCCAAUUGAAACCAUGGGCCAAGGCAGAACCGUAUUGCGACCCAAUGAUGGUCUUUUGAUAGAGGGCUUUCUCUCUAAACUGGUGGCCAUCACAAAUGGACACGGCAAAAGGGAUAGAGAACAGUAGAGCAAAACAUCGAUGGCGAAAUUGAAGAUGAACCAAAUUACAGCCAACCCCAAUAUAGCAACACUCCGAUUACAAAAAAAUCCAAUCACAAGAAAUUAAGCAACGUCACUAUAGUUUAUAGCUAUCUGUAGUCCAGCUCCAAGUCUCUUAUGACCACAAUACGAACACGGCAAAUCGUGCGGGAGAAAAACGGUAAGAGAAGCAAAGAAAAUCAAAGAAUAAAUUAAAACACUAAACCAGCCAGGCAGCUCUAGUGUUUCAACGUAUAUUACACAAAAAGUCAUAAAGAAGUAAAACGUAAAAAAAGUUUAGCAAAACAAAACACAACACAGACGAAAAAAUUGCAAAUUUUAGCAUAAUUCUCACGCGCACGGAAGAAAUAAUCCCCCAUAAAAACACUUGCGCAUCAUCGCGGUAUGCAUCAUCGGCUCUUUUAAAUUCUCUUGCAAUUUCUCAACACACACGAGAAAACACCAAUGUUUGCAAACAGCAGAACUAUUGACACAACAAUAACACGCUUCCACACACACUCAACACAACACACGCCCGAGAGAUAAAGGGGGUUCCAGUAUAAUCCAGAAUAGUUGUAUUUCCGUAUGGAAGCAGGUGCGUUCCAGUAAAGAGUAAAAAGUGCAUUGUUAGACAAGAAAAACCAAGAAAAAGCUAAAACAAGUGAAGCGAAAUGUAAGUAAAUUACAACACUAUUAUAAAUAACAUAUAAAGUUAUAUAUACAUAUAAAGAUUAAUCGUAUCCUCUUCAAGGGCUGAGAGAAAGAUAGAAAGAGGAGCUGCGACCAUUUAGAUGACAUAGAAGGAAAGUGUAGAGCAGCAAACACAGCAAAAAACACACAACUGACUAGAACAUGGAAGAAAGGUAAAUUGUUUUUGUUUCCAAACGUACCACCCAAAUUGUCUCUGUGUUUGUUUGUGCCUUCGGUUCGGUUCUAAGCUUCGCUUUUAUGCGUAGUACGUCGAGCGCGGCCCUGGGCUUUAUUCCAUGAUAUGGAAAAUCUUGAGAAAAACACAAACCAACGCGCGAUCUGUCCGUUAUUGGUGGUGUGUGGUAGAUUGUAGAGGUCUUUGAAAGGUUUCGCGUUCACCGGGAAUCGAACUGGUUUAGUAGUCAUCAUCUGGGUAAAGAAAUGAAUUUUUUUAAACCCUCCCCGAUUCUCGGACCUAAGAAUAACGAUUUUGAUCUCGAUUUGUAAAAUAUUCGAAUGGUUGUUGUUAUUGAUGAGAGGGCAUCGAAAAUGUGUGUAAAUUUUGAGUGUUAUUUAUUUGGACCCUUCGUUUCGAUUGAAGGUGCAUCAUUUCUUUAAUACAAUAAUCGUACUCUAAUAAUUAUAAGACUAAACACGAGACGGUAUCACUUGUUGCCACAGUGAGAGUUCUAUUGUCGGCAAUAAUGCAUCGUUCGAUCAUUUUCUUAAUGACCAAGAGGUCAUCAAUAACAAUUUACAAUUGUUAUUGGAUGGAGUACCGUGUAUUGCAGGCGUAGCUGAUCAUCUUGCCAAUUGGCAGCUGAAAACUUUUUCACUUACAGUCAAACUCUUCUUUGGUUGAUCCGGCACUAAGAGCAUAUUUAAUGUACGAUCGUAGCAAUCAUAUCCUGUGCUAAGGCGUGGUUCCAAGUUGCAGAGCGGAAAGAUACUCGAUCCAAAUAGCGGUUGUUUAGGGAAACCGCUCACUUUUGCACACGUAGAGUGACGCAAAUUUCUGUCGAAUGAAGAUGCCAAGCAAAAAGAUCAUUCAAAUGGAAGGCUAUGUGAUGGAGAACAAGAAGCAUUACAACGCAAAGACAAGUUUCACAGACCACACGCUGUCACCAUAGUAACACUGCUGCGAUGGAUAUUACUGUCGAUUUGAGUUGCACCAUUUUACGCGAAGAGAGAUAACAAUGAAACACCAUAGUAAUAUUAACAUUCAGCAAAAAGGUAGCAUGUAAAGAAACAUGUAACACUGUCGUAAGGAAAGCAAAAUCAUGACAUUCAAACGAAGGAUUACAAUACACACACAAGCACACCUCUACAGGCAUACAAUCAUAACGGAAAAGUAGCAACUUUUUCGUACUUUUGAGCCACUUCCAACAAAAUGCAUAAAACAAAGCCGAAACUAACUAUGGAAUACUACAAACAACAAUGCAUGAAAAUACUACUCGUAAGCCCUCAAACAUAGACGUAUAUUGUGCUUUUUCUGGAGCAAAAGAACGUAUGGAACAGAGAUCUCGGCGACAGAGAAGGCGACGGCUAGAGAAACGCAUAAUGAAGCACACAGAUAAAGGAAAAAUACUUGCAAACAGAUUAACGGUAAAAACCCUCCUUCGCAACAAAAACAAAAAAACACACAAUGAAACUGCAGUUCAAACUCAAAAUAGUUAAAAGAAGAAACAUCUUUCUAUAAUCCUGUUCGAGAGAUUUUUGCCGAUAUAUAUUUCCGCUUCGAAUUUUCCGUUCCGUGUGCCCACCCGUGUGGUAGGUAGGAAUGUUUCGUGUUGCGGAAGUGCACGUUCACUUUUUGCCAACUUUUAGCAGCGUAGUGGUUUCUCAGUUUGUCUUUGUAGAUCUUUCUCCAAACAACAUUUCCGCCGGCAGGACAGUCGUUCGAUCGGCAGUGUCACGUUGCUGUUACUGCCGCUCGAUCGAUCGCGAUCGAGUUCGGAUGUUAUCAUACUUUGCUGUCUUUCAAGUAGUCGUCACUUCUCGAUAGUCAAUGAAGAAAACGGACCAGCAGACAUUUAAGAUACUAAAAACAAAUAUUGAAUAUAAUAUUGCUCUCUCGUUUUUUUUGUAGAAGAAUCACAGAAGGGAAAUGAAAAAAAUUAAAAACAGUAAAAAAAACACGGCGAGAGCGUGUCACAAUCCCCUCUCGGUUCUGUUUCUCAACAUUGAAACCCCUUUUCUAAAUGAGAAUGUAAUUUCCUUGUAAAACUUUUCUUCUUUGUUUUGUAACGAUCAUUCUAUGCUCUGUUCUUUCCUUUUAAAAGAUUUUAUCUAACUGUUCACUUACCUGAUUUAUCGUCGUCCCCAAUUUUCUUUUACAUCCAAACUAUGGCUUAUUUCAAGUUAGUACUAAAGGAGAGAAAGUAUGAUAGAAAAAAUUUAGAUUGUAUUUUUAGUACGUAUUUAAUUACGAUAGUGAACGGGACGGCAAAACCGGCAGAACAUGUACACGAGCGAAACCUAAAGACACAGGGAUGUUUUCCAGCGAAAAUGGAAAUUGGUGAAAAUGGAUCGACUGAGUAUACAGGACACAGGGCUCAGGCCAUCAGACAGAGCGCGAGAGAGGAAGAGACAGAGAGAAAAUGACGAUAGUGAUGAUCCGGUUUGUCCGACAAGGUAAGCCGAUUGCGGCCCGGAAAUGGUGCUGGUUGAACGAGAAGCAGCAAAAACGCAAUCAAUACCCAUUUUCGUACGCUAAAGAGGGUCGAGGCCGAUGCGUAAAAAGAGAGAGAAAGAGAGAGAGAGAGAGAGAGAGAGAGAGAGAAAGAAAGCGUUAGUGAAGAUAAAAAUCAGUUUUGUAAAAACAUGUAUGUUUGUUAUAGCUUAUAGCGAAGGUAUUAGAGAGUAAACAUGGUGAACACAGUCAGUAGAAAUAAUUAAACAAAUCCUAUUUGAUGUGUCGCUCACAAGAUCUGUUCGACACGAGUCGAGGGAAUGCAGUCGAGGGAAGAUGCCGGAGAAAAGCAAAAGACCGGCAAAUAAUAUCGACAAGCCCUGCUAGGUUGCAGCGUACUGCGUACAAUUCGGGUGCCGGUAAUCGGAGCAGACGAAAAUAAAAACUAGGUGAAAAAAUAUACAAAAAAAUAUUGGGACAGAUCAAAUCGAAAAGGCGGUCAACUAGGGGACGCGGAAUAUACUAUGUAACAGGCGGCAGCAAGUGUACGCGGCGAAAGCAUGAGAAUGAGAUAGAAAGGGUAACAGAUAAUUGCA